GCAAGCCUGUCAAAUGUCAAUCUGUCAAGAUCAAGAAACACACGUUUAAUUACACGCAGAUUAUUUUUAUUUUAUAUUUAUUUAUAAUAAUAAUAAUUAUUAGGUGUUAUUUUAAAAAAAGUUUAUCAAAAUGCCAAGAUCAGGAAUAUUCACACCCAUUAAUCAAAUAAGACUGACUAAUGUUGUCGUUGUUCGAAUGAAAAAAGGUGGUAAACGUUUUGAAAUCGCUUGCUAUAGAAACAAGGUUAUGUCCUGGAGAAACAAAUUGGAAAAAGAUAUCGACGAAGUACUUCAAGCGCACACUGUAUUUUUAAACGUAUCGAAAGGUCAAGUGGCAAAAAAAGAGGAUCUCGUGAAAUGUUUCGGUAAGGAUGAUCAAACAGAAAUAUGUAAAGAAAUUUUGGAAAAAGGCGAAUUACAAGUAUCAGAUAAGGAGCGUCAUUUAACACUCGAAACAAUGUUGAAAGACAUUGCAACAACUGUCGCCGAUAAAUGCGUGAAUCCCGAAACAAAAAGGCCAUAUUCAGUGUCAAUGAUCGAGAAGGCAAUGAAAGACGUUCAUUUUUCAGUGAAACCAAAUAGAAACGCCAAACAACAAGCCCUCGAUGUUAUUCCACAAUUAAAAACAGUGAUGCCACUAGAGAGAGCACAAAUGCGAUUAAGAGUGUUUAUCAGUGGAAAAGAGGCGAAAAAAGUUAAGGAUAAAAUAGUGAAAAUUGUCACAAGCAUAGAGAAAGAGGAUUGGGACGAUGGUUCGGUGAAUUUAAUUUGUCUCAUCGAUCCUGGACAAUAUCGACAAAUCGACGAAAUUGUUCGCUCAGAAACAAAAGGUUCCGGAACACUCGAAUUAUUAAAUCUCAAAGAAAUAAUCGAAGGCGAAGAAAUGUUGGAGUAAAUCUUUUUUUUUCUAAUUUCACUCUUUAUACACUAAAAUCAGUGACAAAAAAAUACUGUUAUAUUCUUGAUAUUUAAAAAAUAUUUUCAUUGUUAAAAAUCGAA